AUCUCCCAACUCAUCUCUGCUACUGGUCGGUUUCUCAAUUACGUGUCGCGUUGCUUUAAUAAAGAAAGCUUUUUCGAAAAAGUUUGUGUUUUCGGCAGGAUAUAAAAAUUCGAGAUGAGCGCGUGUCGCUGUUACGUCUUGAUCGUAGGAAUUUUAGGAGCCGUGGGCGCAGAAUGGAACACGAAGGAUUAUAUGAAACGCGAACACAGUCUCAUAAGACCUUACCAAGGUUCUGGAAUGACGAUACCUUAUUGGGACUUUAUGGGUAGUACUUUAGUAACGAACAAUUAUAUACGACUUACACCUGAUAUCCAAAGUAAACAAGGUGCUAUAUGGAAUACAGUUCCUUGUAAUGUAAGAAACUGGGAACUGCAAGUACACUUUAAAGUACACGGCAAAGGCAGGGAAUUAUUUGGAGACGGUUUUUCAAUUUGGUAUGCCAAAGACAGGAUGGAAGGAGGUCCUGUGUUUGGAAAUAAGGACUACUUUGAAGGACUGGCCAUAAUUCUCGAUACGUACAGCAAUCAUAAUGGUCCUCAUAAUCAUCAGCAUCCGUAUAUAUCUGCCAUGAUCAAUAAUGGAUCACUGCAUUAUGAUCACGAUCGCGAUGGGACUCAUACUCAGUUAGCAGGAUGUGAAGCUAAGUUUCGAAAUUUUGAACACGAUACUCAUAUCGUGGUUAGAUACGAAGGAGAUACUCUAACAGUUUCCACGGACCUUGAAAACAAAGCUGCUUGGAAGGAGUGCUUCAUCGUUAAGGGGAUAAAACUUCCCACAGGAUAUUACUUUGGUAUUUCUGCAACGACAGGAGAUCUCUCUGAUAAUCACGAUGUCAUUUCAGUUCGUCUGUUCCAACUGGACUUGCCAGGCGAUCCGAAAGAUGAGGAGGAUAGGUCUAAAAUCGUACCCUCCGCAGCAUUCUUCGCAUCUCCGAGAGAUCGUAUCGAUGAUCCUCCAUCAGCACCACUUAGCGGUAUAAAAGUUUUCCUAUUAAUGUUGGUCGGUUCUGUAGCACUUAUUGCCAGUGUCGUGAUGGGCAUUAUGUUCUACCAGAAACGUCAAGAACAUAGUCGGAAACGUUUGUACUAGUGACUAGGUAACCGUAACGAAAUGGGCUCGUCGUGUUCGAUCUCCGAAGACACUCCUCUACUUCGACAUGGAUCUGCACUUGCGAAUCUCUCGUUCUCGUGCCUAAGAGAAAUUCGAGAGUAGAGGACAAAUCUAACGUGCCAGCAUACCAGAGAAAGAGACUUGCAGUAAAACAUUCAUAGAGGCGAUGCAUCGGUAGUGCAUUCGUGUAAAAUGUCUUACUUUGUGUUAAAAAUCGUGUCCGAGGCGCGAUUUUAAUCUUACCAAAGUACAUAGUUUUAUGUCGCCAUAGCGACGUUUUCCUACACUUUGCCAGAUAUUUGCGACAAUGAGAAAACGAAACAAAUCCCUUGUUCGGAAGCUUUCUAAAUUCUUGUAUGUACCUUCGACAAUGUUGAAAAUUACCCGAUUGCAGUGGUACUGUAUAUACGAUUUAUUAGCUAUCGGAUUUUUGCCUUAACAUUCGCAAAGAUGAAUCUAGAAGUAUGCAUAACGAUUUCACGAGAAUCGCGGAAGGUACUCGUUUUUAUAGUACGUUGGUUACAGACGAUUUCUUGGCCUAUCUAAAAUCGCAUUAAUUCUGGAGAAGCGAAACAAUGUUUUGUAUGACCGUAAUUGAGCACGCAGCAUGGCAAGACCAUUCGUGUUCAAAUUUUUGGUGAACUUUGAUUUUACAGACUUUCUACUCCCUUCGAAGAGUAUGUAUAUAUACAUAUGUUUCCCCCUUUUUUUUUUCUCGAAAACAUCACGUUUGUAGCCUAAUUAAAGUGGUGUUAAUCACGGAUGUACGUUGAAGGUGAUUUCGUAUUUAACGUUCGAUUUAAGGAAUUUAAACGAACCAAUACGAGGUUCGUAUAGUUUUAGUGAUUUGCAAAUUAUGCGUAUUGUAUGCAUCAUAUUUUUUUUUUUUUUUUUUUAUUAAACCGUUACCUGAAAUAUGGAAAUAUUAUUUCGAGUGGAAAUGGAUGAUCGAACAAGUCUUCGCUACUUCUUCGCUAGGACCCCUCGAAGUAUAUAUUUCGAUAUGUACGUUCAACAAGAUAAUAAUGUCCGUAUUUAAGUAAUAUAAGUAUAUAUAACUAUUAAAGCAAGCCGAAAUGGUUCUAAAGUCUUUUAAGGUAUUUUAUCGAAAGGAGGGAUUCCUCUGUCGCCCGUAAGUAAAUGUAGCCGAAGAGGUGGAAAAAAAAAAAGAUACAAAAAUACUGUACUUUAUAUUUGUAUAUGAGUAGAUUGUAAUCGAUGUAUAAACCAUGGCAGGGGAAUGUAAUAGUACGGUAGAAUCGAGGAGAAUGCGAAUUCCGCAAAAUGUGACUAGACAUAAUAUUAAACCAGACAUCGCCGUUACGUUGGGGGGAAAAAAAAUAUAUCUGCCGAUAUCUUCAACGUAAGCUUCAACGAAAUACGUACAUACUGAUUCAAUCCGAUGUUAAUCUAUUUCAAUGAGACUCCAUCGAGGAACAGAUUAUGUUUCGAUUAGGCGGAAUAAAUUAACGAGUCGUUAA